AUGGCGGACCGUUUGACCCGUAUCGCGAUCGUGAGCGAGGACAAGUGCAAGCCGAAGAAGUGCCGCCAGGAGUGCAAGAAGAGCUGCCCCGUUGUCAAGACCGGUAAGCUUUGCAUUGAAGUUAGUCCAGCGGCCAAACUUGCAUUCAUUUCUGAAGAGCUGUGUAUUGGUUGUGGUAUUUGUGUUAAGAAAUGCCCAUUUGAUGCCAUUGAAAUCAUCAAUCUUCCAAAAGAUUUGGAGAAAGAUACUACCCAUCGCUAUGGACCGAAUACCUUCAAAUUGCACAGGUUGCCUGUUCCAAGACCUGGUCAAGUUUUGGGUCUUGUUGGAACCAAUGGAAUUGGGAAGUCAACAGCACUUAAAGUCUUAGCUGGCAAGCUGAAGCCCAAUCUGGGACGAUUCAAAAAUCCACCUGACUGGCAAGAGAUCCUUACAUAUUUCCGUGGGUCUGAACUUCAGAACUAUUUUACGCGCAUAUUGGAGGAUAACCUGAAGGCAAUCAUCAAGCCGCAGUAUGUUGACCAUAUUCCAAAAGCUGUUCAAGGAAAUGUAGGGCAAGUACUUGAGCAGAAAGAUGAGCGGGAUAUGAAAAAUGAGCUGUGCGUUGAUCUUGAAUUGAACCAAGUUAUUGACAGAAAUGUAGGAGAUCUGUCUGGUGGCGAGCUUCAGAGAUUUGCAAUAGCAGUUGUUGCUGUACAAAGUGCGGAAAUUUACAUGUUUGAUGAGCCAUCAAGUUAUUUGGACGUUAAACAGAGGCUUAAGGCUGCCCGAGUCAUUAGGUCUUUGCUUAGAUCAAACAGCUAUGUCAUCGUUGUCGAACAUGACUUGAGUGUCUUAGAUUACUUGUCCGACUUUAUUUGCUGCUUAUAUGGGAAGCCAGGUGCUUACGGUGUAGUUACGUUACCAUUUUCGGUCCGAGAAGGUAUCAAUAUUUUCCUGGCUGGAUUUGUUCCAACAGAAAACCUUCGGUUUCGAGAUGAAUCUCUUACAUUUAAGAUUGCGGAGACCCAGGAAAACGCAGAGGAAGUUGCUACGUACCAGCGGUACAAGUACCCUACCAUGAGCAAAACACAGGGAAAUUUCAAGCUCUCUGUCGUUGAGGGUGAAUUCACUGAUUCUCAGAUUGUUGUGAUGCUUGGUGAGAACGGCACAGGGAAAACUACAUUCAUCAGAAUGCUGGCCGGGUUGUUGAAGCCAGAUACCAUGGAAGGAACUGAGGUUGAAAUUCCUGAAUUCAAUGUGUCCUACAAGCCUCAAAAGAUCAGCCCAAAAUUCCAGCAUCCAGUGAGGCACUUGCUUCAUUCGAAAAUACGCGAUUCAUAUACUCAUCCUCAGUUUGUAUCUGAUGUUAUGAAACCACUACAAAUUGAGCAACUCAUGGACCAGGAAGUUAUUAAUUUAUCAGGUGGAGAGCUCCAGAGAGUAGCAUUAUGUUUGUGCCUUGGAAAGCCUGCAGAUAUUUAUUUAAUUGAUGAGCCAAGUGCAUAUCUUGAUUCAGAGCAGCGUAUUGUUGCCUCGAAGGUUAUCAAAAGAUUCAUCCUUCAUGCAAAGAAAACUGCAUUUAUUGUGGAGCAUGAUUUCAUCAUGGCAACCUACUUAGCGGACAAGGUUAUUGUUUAUGAGGGACUUGCUUCUAUUGACUGUACUGCCAAUGCACCACAGUCUUUGGUAUCUGGGAUGAAUAAAUUCUUAUCGCAUCUUGACAUUACAUUUAGAAGAGACCCGACCAACUAUAGGCCACGAAUCAACAAACUCGAAUCAACGAAGGACAGAGAACAAAAGAAUGCAGGGUCCUACUACUACCUAGAUGACUAA